CAAAAACUUUGGCUUGGCAUUGGAUGAUCUGAGGUUGAACGAACGGAGCUUCAUCAACCUCGGAAUUGAGCAGCUUGGAAGCUCCCACUCACGGCCACCUCCCUCCGCCUCAACACCCGGAUACACCAUCGCACCGUCCUGCCGGCCCCGACGAUACUCACAACCAAUAAAGACGCAAUGAGACCAACAGUCCGAUUAUCCGCCGCCCCCCGCAGCGUCUCAGACGCAACGCGGUUCACUGCGACCAUGCCCCAUGCCAGCUCCAAAGCCGCUGCACCACCACCUCGGUUUGCCUCCCCGAAAUCCGGAGCUGCGCCUCCUCCUCCUGCACCAGCUGGGGGACCCGUGCCCUUCGGCGGCGGCAGCAGUGCGGGCUCGAUACCAUUCGAAACCCCAGAACAAAAGGUGGCCCGGUUACGGGCCGCACAUCGGCGGGCAAAGGAGGCGCAGGUGUCGAAGUUCGACAGGAUUGUCGACGCAAGCAGGCGCGUGUUCGACUCAGCACAUAAAAUUACCGUCAAGGGGCUGGUUGGCUUCACGAUCAUCGCGGGCGUCGCGACCGUCUACACAGCCGUCGAUAUGAUGAUGUACAACAAGAAGCGCAGCCGCGAGUGGGUCGAGGCGCAAAAGAAGCUCGAGGCCGACAGUCUCGAGGCGGCCCGCCUCGCCUACAUGACGGGCAAGGCGACCGAUGAACAGAUUGCGCUGGUCGAAGAGUAUCUCGAGCGCGAGCGCGAAGCCGGCCGCAAGACCUCCUUCUUCGACAAAUUACCGAGCGCUCUUGAACCAUCGUCUCAACCAGCAACAGAAUCCCAACAACACAGCCAACAACAACAACCAACUGCAAGCGUAACCGAAAUCGUCUCCUGGCCAUCCUCAUCAUCCAAGCAACCCCUCACCGCCUCACCCUCCUCCACACCCGAAGAAGAAACCGCACCGUCGCCCACCAAAACCGGCCUCUGGGCCUGGCUCACCUCGAACCUCAAGCGCGAGGACGAAGGCCCAUCGCUCAGCGAGCAGGACGAAGGCGCGGGCGUGCGCGACAGCGACCUGGCGCGCGCCGUCGACGACAAGCAGGCGUACCUGCGCGCUAAGGCUCAUGCCGCGCUCGAGCGUGAGAGGGAGAACCAGCGUCAGGGCGGGCCGCUGGAUCGCGUCGGGUUGGUGGAGGGGGAGCAGGGGGCCGAGAAAAUUGUUGGUGGAAAGGAGGAGAAAACGGCGAGGAAGGGGUGGUUAUGGUGAUUUGAGCUUGGUUUCUCUAUUUCUGUGCCAUAUUGCCGCACUUUCAUCCUGCAUAGAGGGUGGCUACCGUACUUUGCUUUAUGAAGGUGUGGUAGCUCACCCUGCCGGACUGGGAGAGAAGUCACCCCCCGGUCACUAAACUGCGUAAGGUGAUGGGACCAUUACGAAGGUCCUGAUCGUCCUAUGGGAUUGAAUGGGCACAGUAUGCUCUACCACAGCGCUCCAGGCAAAGGGAGAAGGGGGCCCGACUGUAUCAUAUUGUAGGAGGAAGGGGUGGCGUGCAUCAUCUGGCGGGGAACCUGUACAUAGUUAAGACUUUUGAGCUUCUCAGCUUCAUUGGAAUACACCGAGCUCCCUCGCGAAGCGUUUUAGAAAAGGUCUCAUCGGAGGGAACUGAGCUUUAGGUAG